UUUAUAAAACAAUUUGAAAAUCUGAUACUGAGAAUUGAAGAUGCUCAAAUACAAAAAUCUUUGACUAAUUUUCUGCAUGAACGUGUUUUAUGUAAUAGUGAAAUGGAACUUGUUGAACGUAGAGAGAAUGUUGUUAGAUAUAUUGAUAUGGUUCAUUGCAACAUUUUGCCUAUAGAAGCGCUCGCCAAUAUUUUCAAAUUCUAUCACGCUAAUUACAAUGACUAUGGUUCCAUAAUAGAAAGUUCUUUAUCGAGCAUGUUGCAGGCAGAUGAUGAAAACACAAUAUAUCUCGUUAUUGUGUAUACCUUAACUGUUGUCUACGAAGAAAUCGUCAGAAAAUUAUCUGUAGUUGAUAUCAACACAGACGAAGCAAAACAUCUCAAGCUUUUAGUGAAGCAGUUUAUAGCCUUCAGCCAUUUCCGCAGUACCAAAAAACAAUUCAAGAAGCUUCUUUACUUCUCAAUAAAGUAUGCACUGAAGGAAGAAAUGAAGUAUGCCUUUCUUUAUUUUGUUGGUUAUUUUAUUGAUUUGUUGAACGAUAUUGAUGAUCGAAAGGAAGUAUUUGAGUUCUUCAAACAAAAAAUUCCAUCAGGUGCAGAAAAAAAUGAUGCAGUGUUAUAUUUUGGGAACUGUUUUAAAAAGGUCUUCGCAACUAAGACACCAAGUAUGAAUAAUGCCACUUAGUCUAUGGAACCCUUAUUUAUAUUUUUUUCAGAACCUCCCAAAAAGGUAGGAAAUAAAAAAAGCAAAGAAAAUGAAAAGCCAAAGAAAGGAACGCCUGAAGGAAAACAGGGACGAAACAAAACAGACGAUAAAGUUUCAAAAAAACGCUCUGCCCCCCUAAAGAGCUCAACGCCUUUAGCGCAUAAAAGAGGAGCUUCAAAUAGAAACAACAAAUUCAAGAAAAGAGCCGUAACAGAAACUGAAACUGAAAUCUCUGAUGAUAAUAUCAGUAUUCAUGAUGACAGUGAUGAUAUGGAUAUAUCAGUUUCAGGAAUUAGAUUGUAAAAAGUAUCUGAGUUCUGCAGAGACUAUUGAAAAUUUGUCGAUGAGUAUUAUCUGUAUAGAGUAUCGAAAUUUUUGUUAGAGUUUAUGUAUCCUUUUUUAAAAAUAGUGUGUUUAGUUUUUAACUUUAUUCUUGAAAAAGUUGUGAAUAAAGUGAAUUGAAUAUUG